GCAACGCGACCAAUCACGAGAGUCGAGCGUGCGCACAAACGCGCGAUAAUGCGUCAGUCGCAUCGCACCCCGCUGUGGAGGUGGCGCGUUUUUUUCGUCGCAAUCGUAACUACGCCUUUAUAUCGACGAUUGAAGUGAUUUGUCAAAAUGUCAGUCUUUAAUCCAGUUCAAUUGAUAGAUGAAAUAAAAAAGCGACCGGGUUUGUACAAAGCUGAUCAUCCUACAGACCGCGAGGAAAAAUUGGCGUUAUGGAAAGAAAUAGGAUCGGUAAUUUACCAAGGUUGGGAAGAUUUCAACAAGGCGACAGCUUAUGACAGAGUUCUACAGUUGCAAAGGAAAUGGCGGUCGUUACGGGACGCUUACAACCGAGAGCUGCGCGCACGCCGCUCGGGUAUCAGGAUCAACAGGCGAGUGUAUCGCUACUUCAAGAGGAUGAGCUUCCUCGGAGGCUUCGAGGGCAGUUUGAGUGCAGACGAGGAACUGGAUGAAGAUAUAAUGCUGGAGGCACAGAUACCAGAAGAGGCAUUGAAUAUUGAAACGGUUAAAGUAAAGAAGGUGAAACGGGAGAAAAAGAAGAGAAAACGGGAGUCCAGCGAGGGCAGUCACCAGCCAACUGAGGAGUUGGAGAUGCCCAUGUUUCCCAUGGAAAUAGCUGAAACUGAGACGGACAGUGAUCGACUGUUCCUGCUGUCGUUUCUUCCUGAAAUGAGGCAGCUGCCUAUCAAUAUAAAGAUGUGGGUGAGAGCUCAGAUCGCCAAUGUGAUGCAAGAAGCAGUAUCUUGUCAUUAUAACAACACCACGCCAGGAACAUCGAGUGACAAGAACUUUAUAGAUAUCAAACGACCACGCCACGAUAGUACAGAAUAGGAUAGGUUAUAGAAGCUGCUAAUUAAUUCAUUGGUGCUGUUAAAAAUAGUUUUAGAGGGGAUAAGUACCAUAUUGUUUUUGAUUGUUGUUUAAGUUUCAAUGAUUGAAAGUAUAUUUUUGUUGGCAUUGUUGGUUGCAUAAAAAAGUGUAAUUAUUCUUUGAAACUAAAAAAAAUAAGGAACUUUUUAAUAUUAAAAUUUUAAUCAGAUUACUUUUCAAGCUGUGUAAUAAGUAGUCUCUUAUAGUAUUCGUUUUUCUUGAUUCAUAAAAUAAGAUCAGGCUGUCGACAUAUCUUUAGUAAUAAAAAAAUAUAGCCUAUUGAUAUUUGAACAUUUUAUUAGGAUCAAGGAAUCGGUCAAAAUAAUAGAAUUGUGUCAGACAGCUUUAAUGGUGAUUAUAUUAUUGGCUGUUUUGAUGUAACAACAAUAACUAUUUUGUAUAGAGACACCAUUUUGUUUUGGUUCUAAAUAAAAGUUUGGUAUGACCAUAACUUAGACCGUUUUAGUUAUGUUUGCGUCUUACAUUGGUUAUUCCAUAACAGCCUUGUGCAAAAUAAAAAAAAAUGUAUCAGAAAUAUGGACGGUUUCCAAGUCUGUUGGCGAAAACAGAUAGUUUACGAGUGUUAUGUUUUGUUAUUAGUUACUCUAAUAUAAUCCUACCCUGUUUGGCAUGGUGUCAAUGUUUUUUUUCUGUUGUUUAUUGUUAAGGUGAAUCUUAACAACAAAACUAUUUUUGUUCUUAGUACAUAGUUGCACAGUUCAGUUUUUGUUCUUAAAAAAUGACCAUCUUAGGGUUAUUUUACAAGUUUAUUUUUGUGAAAAGUUACCAACUUCAAAGUUAAGUGGUUUUUGUUCUUGAAGCGGUAGCGAGUAUCAUUUGGUUAAGUUUUAUAGAAAUAGGUAUUUACUAUUAAAACAAUAAAUAAAUAUAACAUUAUUUUUCUAGUCUAGUU